AUGCAGUCUACUAAUUCAAAAACCAAAGUUUCCACCUUAAAUCGUAAAUAUUCAGAUAAGUGCAACAAAGCCCUUCACCGUGAAAUUUCAAGCCCUCUAAACCUCUCCAUUCCAAAAUCCUCAUCAAAGCGUCCUUCUACUGCUUCAGAAAGUCCUGCAACUGCAAAUGUAAUUGACCUCAUCCGCAAACUAAAUUCUCAGCCUGCAUCCUCUGAAAGUGACCUAAAAACCAUGACAUCCGGAGAAUACCGGCAAUUUCUUUACACCCAGUCCAAAAAUAUUAUUAAUUCAUCCAAAAAUUCCACAUCUCAGGUCCCAAUUAGAAGAGCAAGCUUAGCAAGGACAACACCUCCUACAACCCUUAUGAAGCAUGAAGAAAGAAACAUAACAAGGCAUAAUACCCUACUUCCCAGUGGAAAGCCACCAUCAGGACGAAAACCUCUAAAAGAAGAGCAUAAAGUAGAACUACCAGCAAAAUCCCCUUUAGGCAUAAAAAAUAUUUCUGCAAUUUUACAUGGAAAAGAAAGCAAUUUGUCGCCUGAAAAGGAAAAACAUAAAGGGAAAAUCGAGGAUUAUAAAGUUGAUAAACAAAUUGGGCAAGGCGCUUAUGCAAUUGUAAGACAUGCUACUCAUAUCGCGACAAGUAAAAAAGUUGCUUUUAAGACUUAUGAGAAAAUCAAACUAUUAGAUCCCAAUAGAAAGAAAAACGUAAUGAGAGAAAUCGACAUAUUAGGGAUGCUGGAUCAUAAAAACAUCGUAAAAUUGUAUGAAACCAUUGACACUGCAAGACAGCUACAUAUUGUUAUGGAAUAUAUAUCUGGCUGCUCACUGCAUGGGUAUCUUAAGAGAAAACCUAAUAGAAGGAUUGAAGAAAAUGACGCAAAAAGAAUAGUAAAACAAAUUUUAUGUGCAAUGGAAUACUGCCAUGCGAAAAAUGUUACACAUAGAGAUUUAAAGCUGGAAAAUUUGCUUUUGGAUGAAAAAAAUGAUGUUAAAAUUAUUGAUUUUGGCUUUGCAACUUGCUUUUCAAGUGAAAAGAAAGUCAAAAUUUUCUGCGGAACUCCUAGCUAUAUGGCGCCAGAAAUAGUUGCUAGGAAAGAGUAUGCUGGGCCUCCUGUUGAUGUGUGGGCUAUCGGCGUCUUGAUUUUUGUGCUCUUGUGUGGGCAUUACCCGUUUAAAGGAAAUGGAGACAAAGAACUUUAUAGGAAAAUCCAACAAGGCUAUUUUAUGAUUCCCCAACAUGUGUCAUUAUCUGCUAAAAGCUUGAUUUCCCGAAUUCUUAAAGUUGACCCCACAAAAAGGCCAAAAGUCAGCGAAAUUUUGCAAGAUCCUUGAUUUUCCUCACCUUCAAAUUUCACAGUCUCAACUGAAGAUUCUCUACUUGCCACAACCAACAACCACGCCUGUUCCAUUAACGGUGAUACUUUAGACUUUGAUGUAACCUGCAGCAUUGUAAUUUCUAUUUAGAAAAAGCUUGAAUACUCCCAAUCGCCUUCCCAUACCCUUCCACACAAAGAAAUUCACAAAUUUCUGGUCAGUUUCCCUCAGUCUCAUAACUAA